GUUGGGCAGUGCGUUCGGGCAGGCAAGGCAACCGAAACCAGCUGGUGGUAUGUGAGUUAGAUGGUAUUAUUUUGGUGUAGAAAAAUGCACUCCACAAAUAUGUUUUUCACUCCGUAAUGGCCGACCUCACAACCAAGCGAUGGGACCGACACACCUACACGCGGGACGCACGGGCAGUCGCGGCGGGCCGAGCCCGGGCACCUCCAGUCAGGCGAUGGACCAUGCACAGGCCCUCCGCACCCAGAUCCAGAAAGAGAUCGAAGAAAAGGCCAAGGUCUGCUCCAACACACAAUACGAGUGUACGCUGCCCCGUGUCGACUCGUACGCCUACUGCUUCCGGCACAUCCUGCAGGACCCGGACGCACCGUACAAGCAGUGCGAGUACGAGUUCGCGAACGGGCGCCGCUGCCUGGAGCCGUCGCCGAAGUACGACGCCAAGCGGGACUACGGCUCCAACUACUGCUUCGAGCACAGCCGCCAGACGCAGCUGAUCAAGACCAAGUCCACGAUCGGGAAGCUGGUGCCGGUGGAGACGACCGAAACGCUGCUGAACGGUCUAACGCACCACGUGAAGGUGGACAAGGUGAAGCAGCACUACCUGGGAAGCAGCACACCGCUGAAGAUAACCGUACAUGAGGACGAUGACGACACGGAUGUGGACGUUGUAACGCCCUCGGUCGAUCCUUUCGUUGACGUCGACGUUACGACGGUGAACGAUGCCGGCCGGAUCAUCCUCGACUAUGCGUCCGACUCGAGCGACGAGGAUGAAGCGCUCGCCAAUCCGACGUACGGCUCCACCUGGAAGGCGCACGAGAUGGACAACUCGGACAACGAGAGCGUCGACUCGCAGAGCGAUGACCCGCUGAAGCACGCCGGCAUCUACACGGCCGAGGAGGCGACGCGCAUCACGAAGGAAAAGCUGACCCGACUGCAGACGCUCUACAUCGAGCAGAUCCACCGCCUGCAGCACGUGUUGCGCGAGCGCCGGCGCAACUAUCUGCGGGAGCAGCGGGCCGAGCGCGACUAUCACUGCAGCAUCUUCGAUCAGGUCAAGCAGACGCCCCGCGAGCGUAUGCUGUACGAGCAGCUGAAGGGUUUGAACCGGUACCACCGGAAGCACGGGGUGGAGGCGAUUCUGCAGCGCAAAUAUCUGGAGAAGCGGGCCAAAGCGACGGAGGGCCUGCAGCAGAAACCCCCCUCGCUGCCCAAGUGUGCGUACACGGAGGGUGGGGUGAAGUGCGGGGAGCGCACCCUGCCCUGCUGCAAGCACUGCCGCAAGCACAUCCUGGAGGACAAGAAGCAGGUGCUGUUCCGGGCGUGCGGCAUCGAGAAGAGUGGCGUGGUGUGCCAGGAACCGCUGGCCGGCCUGUUCGAGAACGUGACCUGCCCGCUGCACAUGGAGCUGCCGGCGCAGCGAUCGUUCAACAAGCGCAAGUACGAAUCGGAAUCGGAGGGAGAGGGCGAGGUGAGCGGAAUGGAGCCGCCGGUGGUGGUGGUGGCUGGGGUGGAAAAAUCAUCCGCCAAAGCGGCGAACGAGACGAACGCUGCUACAACGCAGGCCGGAGCGCCGGAGGACAAGAAGGCGGUAAAGGUGGAGCCAAAGGCAGGUGGUGAUGGCACGGUGGACGCCAAGGCUCCGGUAAAGGUGGAAAACAACAAGCGCAAAGUGAUCAAAACGGAACCGGUAACGCCGGUACCGCGGGUCCGCAAUACACGGUCGUCCCGGGCAGCAAUGGCGAUGCAGGAAGAUGCUCCGGCUGAGCAACCUGCCCCCGAACAGCAAGCAGCAGAAGGCGAAUUGAAGAAGGAACAAACCGAAGCGAAGGAAAACGAAAACAAUGUCACCAGUGCUGCUGCUACCGUCGACCAAACGGAUGAUGGCAUUGUCGAUUUAGAAGAGAGUCUACUGCCAGUCAGUAUUAUUCCCAACAAGAACCUAAAGCCGGACGAAGCAACUGUCGCUGAGCAGGUAGGCGAAAUGGACACGAUGGACACAUCGACAGAAGCGGCUGAAAGCGCCAAGGAAGCGAUGGAAACGGAAACCACUGACGAAAGGCAGGCCGAACCCCCCUCCACCGUUCCCGAUCAACCGAAGGAAGGUGCCGAUGGCGACAAAAAAGAGGAAGAGAAAAAUACAAAAACAGAAGAAGCAACGGAGGAGUCAAGUGUUGCUGCAGAAAAAGAGGAACCUACUACUACUACUACUACUACCAUCACCGCAACGGAAAACAGCCAGCCCAAGGAUGCAGACGACACGAGCACCACCGCACCCGUCGAAGAGAGCGCAUCAACGGCACCAAAGGAAAGCGAUGCCCGGACCGACCAAACACCUAAAGCACAGCCAAAGCCACAGCCAUCACCGUUAACGGCCAGGCAAAGAAAACUCCGGCUUGCCACGGAUAGGAAAGAAUCGGCAGCGAAGGGUACGAACGAAACGGCGACCACAACCGCAACGGACGAAGUGAGCGGCACGUCGGACGAGGAAAAGGCUAAAAAGGCGAAGGCCGGAAAGGCGGAACCAUCGAGCGGUAGUAGUAGUAGUAGUAGUAGUGCGGCUGGUGGGAGUGGCUCGGAGCAAAAAUCUCGUCGCCAGAAGUGAGGAAAGCAAUUGCGUUGAAGUGGAGUUGCAGCAUGAGCGUGUUUUUUUUAGUUACUAGAGUUUUCACAACCUACAUUACACUUUACGAUGAAGAUAUGAUAGUUUUAUAGAGAUAGAACCAAUAAAUAGCCAUCUUCCAUGGAACGGCCUAAUGCAAGUUUAAGGACAGCGUUGCUUUCUUUGACUCAAACUGAGCGUUUUGUCCCGGCACGUACCUGUUUGACACGAGACACGAGACAGUUACCAUCGGUCAGUUUCCUUGCUCCAUUCGCGCAACAACUUCCGAAAGGAGAAACUUUUUGGAUCUCUAGAGCAGUCCUCAACGUUAUCUGAUCUUCAUCAUGCUCCUUCGCGUGUAAGACUCGCCAGAUUUCAGGGUAGUUGUUCAUGUCAAGUGAAUGACUCCGAACAACCAAGUCCGUGAAGGUUGCUUUAAACAUAUUCUGGCGGGUAGAUGUUGCGUCUGGCAUAUACAAGUAAUUUAAAUGAUUACUAAAAGACGAUGGCAUUGAACUAUCAGAGCCUAGAAAAAUAAUGUAAAAAGCAUUAAAAAAGAAGUAAAUACGAAAAAAUGAAUAACUUCAUUCAUCUGCCUAAAACCACGUUAAACGGUACUGUUGUACACCUUCAACAAUCACUCCGUUAUGCUACCUUGUAAAAGACAUUUCAUUCACUCCUUCACUAUUAACGCUGCAUACAAAAUGCAUCGUUUCUUUCAUUGAGCGUACCCAACACCACCUUUGGAACCUUUGUAGGGGUUGUGUUUUCAAUUUCACUUUAUUCGUUUAUCAGUUUUGUUGAAAUACUUUUUGCUUACUUCCUUUCGCUUGGAUUGCAUCGUACAUUUGCCCGGAUUGCCACUAAAUCAAAAACAAACAAAAAAGGAAACAAACGCAUCACAUGCCAUACAUUUAUAUUUAUGCGACCGACGUUCGUUGGUGGAAACGAAACUGGAAUUACCUAGGCGCGCGCGCGGGGUUUUGUUGAGAAAUGAGAUAUAAAGAUGCAUUUUUUUUUCUUCUUCUUCUUCUUUGCCCACAUUCAAAUAAACUCAAAAAAACGAAACGGAAACACACAAAACACACAUAAAAGAUAUCAAAUGAAACGGAAUGGAAAACAAAACUAAAUCCCACUUUCUCAGCUACCGGAUCGCCUUCGUCGUGCCAAUCUCCUUCUUUCCUUCGGCAUAUGCUUCCAAUUUCAUUAGUUUAGUAAAUUACCAGCCCUACCGUAGGUACCUCUACUACAACGCUUCACACGCUUUUGGCUAAUAUUAAAGCAUUCCUCUUCGUUUCGACCGCUUCCCUUGCUGCAAUUCUCAUUCCUUUCCUUUACGAGUUUUUGUUUUGUUUUGUUUUGCAAUAAGCAAUAGGUGCGUGUGUUCAUCCUUUCUCCGUUUCAUUCAUGCAUUUCUGUUCCAUCUUCGUGCUCGAUCCGAUCCUUUCCUGAAUAUGGAUUUUAACGUAUAAUAUUAUGUAUAAGUAUAUAUAGUUUCGUUUGUUUGUUGUUUUUCUUUUUUUUUU